CCUCCACACACCAGCCAGACAGCCUCCCCUCCACCCAAGGGAAGCGCUGCCUCAGCCAGGCUGCUUCCAGGAAGCCCCAGGCCAGGCCCCAGCAUUGUUCAGGCCCUGCAGCCAAGAGCCCAGCCAGACACCAUGAAGUCCAGCGGCCUUGUGGAAAGGUUGCUCAGAAACCUGGGGUGGAGGGACAGCAGCCAGGCCACCAGCAGGCCUAGGAGAGCAGAGCCGCACAGCUUCCGGGAGAAGGUCUUCAGGAAGAAAGCCCCAGUGUGUGCAGUGUGUAAGGUGGCCAUUGAUGGGACUGGCGUCUCGUGCCGAGUCUGCAAGGUGGCCACACACAGAAAAUGUGAGGCAAAGGUAACAGCCUCCUGUCAGGCCCUGCCCCCCGCGGAGCUGCGGAGAAACACCGCCCCAGUCCGGCGCAUAGAACACCUGGGGUCCACAAAGUCUCUGAACCACGCAAAGCAGCGCAGCACUCUCCCCAGCUUUGCGGCCUCUCCCAGGAGCUUCAGCCUGGAUCCGCUCAUGGAGCGUCGCUGGGACUUGGACCUCACCUACGUGACCGAGCGGAUCCUGGCCGCAGCUUUUCCUGCGCGGCCAGACGAGCAGCGACACCGGGGCCACCUGCGUGAGCUGGCCCACGUGCUGCAAUCCAAACACCGGGACAAAUACUUGCUCUUCAACCUGUCAGAGAAACGACAUGACCUUACCCGCCUGAACCCCAAGGUGCAGGACUUUGGCUGGCCGGAGCUGCACGCCCCGCCCCUGGACAAGCUGUGCUCCAUCUGCAAAGCCAUGGAGACGUGGCUCAGCGCUGACCCUCAGCAUGUGGCCGUGCUGUACUGCAAGGGGAGCAAGGGCAAGCUUGGGGUCAUCGUGUCUGCCUACAUGCACUACAGCAAGAUCUCGGCGGGGGCGGACCAGGCGCUGGCGACUCUCACCAUGAGGAAAUUCUGUGAGGACAAGGUGGCCACGGAGCUGCAGCCCUCCCAGCGCCGCUACGUCAGCUAUUUCAGCGGGCUGCUGUCCGGCUCCAUCAGAAUGAACAGCAGCCCGCUCUUCCUGCACUGUGUCUCUGUGCCCGUGCUGCCAGCCUUUGAGCCCAACACGGGAUUCCAGCCCUUCCUCAAAAUCUACCAGUCUAUGCAGCUGGUCUACACCUCUGGAGUCUAUCGUAUUGCAGGCCCCGGACCCCAGCAGCUCUGCAUCAGCCUGGAGCCAGCCCUGCUCCUCAAAGGGGAUGUGAUGGUAACCUGCUAUCACAGAGGCGGCCAGGGGACAGACCGGACUCUCGUGUUCCGAGUUCAGUUCCACACAUGCACCAUCCACGGACCACGGCUGACCUUCCCCAAGGACCAGCUGGACGAAGCCUGGGCUGAUGAGCGGGUCCCCUUCCAAGCCUCCGUGGAGUUUGUCUUCUCCUCCAGCCCCGAGAAGGGCAAAGGCAGCACCCCGCGCAACGACCCCUCAGUGUCGGUGGAUUACAACACGGCAGAGCCCGCUGUGCGCUGGGAUUCCUACGAGAACUUCAACCAGCACCCGGAGGACGGCGUGGACGGCUCCUUGGCGCACACCAGGGGCCCCCUGGACGGCAGUCCUUACGCGCAGGUGCAGCGGGCCCCCCGGCAGACCCCUCCCGCGCCCUCUCCGGAGCCUCCCGCGCCCCCGAUGCUCUCGGUCAGCAGCGACUCGGGCCAUUCGUCCACGCUCACCGCGGAGCCCACGGCGGAGUCCCCCGGCCGGCCUCCACCCACGGCGGCCGAGCGGCAGGAGCUGGAGCGCCUGCUGGGCGGCUGCGGCGCGGCCGGCGGGGCACGCGGAGCUGGGCGGGAGACGGCCAUCCUGGACGACGAGGAGCCCGCGGCGGGCGCGGGCCUGCACCCCGGGCUGUACCCGGGCCACCGGCCGGGCCUCGGCCGCCACUGCUCCUGCCGCCAGGGCUACCGGGAGCCCUGCGGGGUCGCCAACGGGGGCUACUGCCGGCCCGAGGGCACCCUGGAGAGGCGGCGCGUGCCCCACGGCUACGAGGCGUCCCCGCAGGGCUACGCGGAAGCCGCCGCGGAGAAGAGGCGCCUCUGCAGGUCGCUGUCCGAGGGGCCCUACCCCUACGCGGCCGAGCUGGGGAAGCCCGGCGGAGACUUCGGCUACCGCCCGGCGGCCUACCGCGAGGUGGUGAUCCUGGAGGAGCCGGGCAUGCCCGCUGUGUGCUCGUGCCCGGCCUGCGAGGAGAAGCUGGCACUGCCCACGGCAGCCCUGUACGGACUGCGGCUAGAGCGGGAGGCUGGAGAGGGCUGGGCCGGCGAGGCGGGCAAGCCUCUGGUGCACCACCCCGUGAGGCCUGCACACCCGCUGCCUCUGCUGGUGCCUGCCUGUGGGCAUCACCACGCUCCGGUGCCCGACUACAGCUGCCUGAAGCCGCCCAAGGUGGGCGAGGACGGGCACGAGGGCUGCGCCUAUGCCGUGUGCCCCGAAGGCAGGUACGGGCUCCCAGGGUACCCAGCCCUGGUCAGCUAUGGUUGUGGAGGUGCAGUUCCCAGCUACUGCCCAGCGUACGGCCGGGCACCUCACAGCUGUGGACCCCCGAGUGACGGCAGAGGGUACUCCAGCCCUGGCGCCCACUCACCGCGGGCUGGCUCAGUGUCCCCGGGAAGUCCACCCUACCUGCAACCCAGGAAGCUGGGUUAUGAGGUUCCUGUGGAGGAUGGAAGACACGAGUACCCCCUGCCUGGGCACCUGACCUCCGCAGGACCCUCGGCAUCUACAGAGUCUCCUGAGCCAUCCUGGAGGGACGGCUCCAGCGGACACGGCACACUGCCUCGGUCUCCCCGAGAUGUCCCGUGCAGUGCCCCUUCAGAGCUGUCUGGCCCCUCCACACCUCUGCACACCAGCAGCCCGGUGCAGGGCAAGGAGAGCACCCGGCGGCAAGAUACCAGGUCUCCCUCCUUGGCAUCUGCCCAGAGACUGAGUCCUGGCGAGGCCUUGCCCCCUGUUGUCCAGGGAGGCACCGAAAAGGCUCCUGAACUGCUGGCUACCAAGAGGCCUGAGCCGCUGGACCCUAGCCCCUUCUCCCAGACCUCCCCACCCAGCUCACCUAAUGGCUGGCCUCAGGAAAGGAGCCCAUUGGGCCACCCCAACAGUGCCAGUCCUCGGGGUCCUGUGCCAUCCACCCUGCCUGGACUCCGCCAUGCCCCAUGGCAGGGCCCUCGGGCCCCGCCAGACAGCCCAGAUGGCUCCCCUCUUACUCCCGUGCCUACUCAGAUGCCCUGGCUUGUGGCCAGCCCAGAACCACCCCAGAGCUCACCCACCCCCGCCUUCCCCCUGGCUGCCUCCUAUGAUGCCAACGGUCCCACUCAGCCUCCACUUCCGGAAAAGCGGCACGGGCCAGGGUCUGGGCAGCAGCCAUCACCACCAGCCAGAAGCACCAACCAUGUCACCUUUGCACCUCCUCUCCCCGAUGUCACCCAGCCCCCAGAGCACUCUUCACAAGAGAACCAAAGCAACGUCAAGUUUGUCCAGGACACAUCCAAGUUCUGGUACAAGCCACACCUUUCCCGUGACCAAGCCAUAGCCCUCCUGAAAGACAAGGAGCCCGGGGCCUUCCUGAUCAGAGACAGUCACUCGUUCCAGGGGGCCUACGGGCUAGCCCUCAAGGUGGCUGCACCCCCACCCAGUGCCCAGCCUUGGAAAGGGGACCCCUCAGAACAGCUGGUCCGCCAUUUCCUCAUCGAGACUGGGCCCAAAGGCGUGAAGAUCAAGGGUUGUCCCACAGAGCCCUAUUUUGGCAGCCUGUCUGCCCUGGUCUCUCAGCACUCCAUCUCCCCCAUCUCCCUGCCCUGCUGCUUGCGGAUUCCAAGUAAAGACCCCCUGGAAGAAACCCUGGAGGCCCCAGCGCCCACCAACAUGAGCACAGCAGCAGAUCUCCUGCGCCAGGGAGCAGCCUGCAGUGUGCUCUACCUGACCUCUGUGGAGACAGAGUCGCUGACCGGCCCGCAGGCUGUGGCCAGGGCCAGCUCUGCAGCUCUGAGCUGCAGCCCCAACCCAGUUCCAGCCAUUGUCCACUUCAAGGUCUCAGCCCAAGGCAUCACACUGACCGACAACCAGAGAAAGCUCUUCUUCCGACGCCAUUACCCAGUGGGCAGCAUCACCUUCUCCAGCACGGACCCCCAGGACCGCAGAUGGACCAACCCUGACGGAACCACCUCCAAGAUCUUUGGUUUCGUGGCCAAGAAGCCGGGAAGUCCCUGGGAAAAUGUGUGCCACCUCUUUGCGGAGCUUGACCCAGACCAGCCAGCGAGCGCCAUUGUCACCUUCAUCACCAAAGUCCUGCUGGGCCACAGAAAAUGAAGCAACGCCACCAGCCCCACAUCCACAUCAACACCACACCCUCCCAGCACCCACAGCCCUGCCCUGGCCCUGGCGCCCACCCUGAGAGGGAGUGGGACCAGCCUGGCCACUGCUCUUUCCUGCCCUUGCCUGCUAAGCUGAGGGAGUGGGCCCGUGAGAUGACCUGGCAUGUGAGCAGAUGGCAGAGACAGGUGUGAGGAGGAAUCCGGAGUAGAGCCCGGGAGGGGAACGACCCUGCCAGCUGCAGCUCCCAUCAUGGAGGGAGAAGGAAGAGGCUUGGGAGCUUCCUGUCUCCCUCGAAACAGAGACCAAAGUGGGGUCAUGUACACAGAGGGAAAAGAGAGUCUAUUUUUGUGUAAUAAAGAAUUUCUAUAAA